AUGCAUUGGCGACAUGAGCACUCAUGAUGGAUCUUUCUCAUAUGCCAGAAAAAUCUUGAUAAUUCAUUGAGCGGAACGGCUGGAGCUUCGCUAUUUGUCUUAUCGCCAUUUCUUUCCAAAUGGGUUUCUAGGGUUCUGGGGAGGGAGGCUCCUGCGCGGAGCUAUGCGCUGGCUUAUCGACUGCAUUCAGGACUACGAUCGAGUGCAGUCGCUGGCGGUGGUUUUACUCUAUGUCCAGGUGUCCUGUGCGCUGAUCGGCUCCCUCGGCGCGCUCUACACGGGGGUCUUGCUUGCAAAUCUUGCGAUCGCGUUGUUUGCUCUUGUGGCGAUUGAGAGUGGGAGUCAAACCCUUGGCCGCGCUUACGCCGCAUUGCUAGUGUGUGCCUUGCUUCUCGACAUACUUUGGUUUAUUUUCUUCUCCUACGAGAUCAGGCAUUACGGCCGAUCUCCACGAAUUGGCACGCUGUCGAUCUUCUCGCUGGAGCUCGCGCUAUGGAUGGAGAUCAUCGGCUUCACGGUCCGGAGCUUCUCGGCGCUGGUUUGGCUGCAAAUGUACCGGCUAGGACCGUCUCUCGCCACGGAUAGUCUCGCUAGUUACUACCAGAGCCUCGUCCAGCCCGCUGCUGGUGCUACUCCAGCGGUUUCCACUCCCCGGAGCGCCAGACAGACGUCCAUAAGCGACCAGAUCCUCGGUGGCUCGAUCUAUGAUCCAACGUACUACGCCUCGCUCUUCCGGAUCCAGGAGAAGGAGAAUUGCUCGAGCUCGUCAACAAAGGACACUGGGGAUGAUAACGAAAAGCGUGCUAGCGGAGAAUAAGCGCUGUAGAGCAACUUUGUCCUUGUACCCGGCAUUAAACUCCAGGAGCUGGUUUUUCUCGCA